GCCCCGGCACGGCCCCAGCGCGGCGCGGGGGGCGCGGAGCGGCCAUGGCGCGCUCGCUCAACUCCAUCGUGGCCGUCAGCCAGAACAUGGGCAUCGGCAAGGACGGGCGGCUGCCCUGGCCGCCGCUCAGGAAUGAGUACAAGUACUUCCAGAGAAUGACGAGCACGUCCCGUGUGGAAGGUAAACAGAAUGCAGUGAUAAUGGGUAAAAAAACGUGGUUCUCCAUUCCUGAGAAGAACCGUCCUUUAAAAGACAGAAUUAAUAUUGUGCUCAGCAGGGAGCUCAAGGAAACCCCGAAAGGAGCACAUUAUCUUUCGAAAAGUCUGGAUGAUGCUUUAGCUCUUUUGGAUUCACCAGAGUUAAAAAGUAAAGUAGACAUGGUUUGGAUCGUGGGAGGCACUUCAGUGUACAAGGCAGCAAUGGAGAAGCCAAUUCAUCAUCGAUUGUUUGUGACAAGAAUCUUGAAAGAAUUUGAAAGUGACACAUUUUUUCCAGAAAUUGACCAUAAAGUCUACAAGCUUCUAGCAGAGUACCCAGGUGUCCCUGCUGAUAUCCAAGAAGAGAAUGGGAUUCAAUACAAAUUUGAGGUGUAUGAGAAAACUGUCGUGGCACAAUAAGGGAGGCAUUUUGUACUUCUGUGUAAGGGCAGGUAUUUUAAAUCAUGAAGUUUUACUGAAUGUAAAGAUACAUUAAAUUUUUGAAGAAAAUCAUGCCUGAUGGUGAAAUACCUCAGUAGUGAAUGGUUCCAAAAACCACACCCCACACUUUGAAGAAGAGGGUCUGAGGAAUUCCACAGCAAAGGUUGCAUGAGACCUUGCAGUGAUCAUACAAUCCAUGGCGGCAUCCCUGACAAUUCCACAGGUAAUGAAAGGCAUUAGGCUAUGUCAGGGCUUUUCUACUGAAACAAAGGGGUUUAGUAUCUAUCUCCUUGUCCAAAACCUCCGGGGCUGAGAAAGCACCAAGCCUCCCAGGUCUGAUGGGAUGUAAAUGUUAUAAAUGUGUCCAAAUUGUAUACAUUGGUAACAGCCUUUAAAAUGUACCCGUGUAUAGGUAAAGCCAGCCCAGCAGGAGAGGGGGAAUCAGGAAGUGUCCCGUAGCAGUUGAGGGAUGCACCUGUCACUCCAGGGUGGGUCCCCACAGGAUCACCAGUCCUGCUGCAAAACCUGCUCCAGGGGGGCUCCUCUCCCUGCGGGUCCUGCCAGGCCCCUGCUCCAGCAGGGGCUCCCCACGGGAUCACAGCCUCCUUCCUGCCUCUGCUGCUCCAGCGUGGGCUCCUCAGGGCUGCGGGUGGGACUGUGGGGCUGAGGGGAGUCUGUGCUGCACCUGCUGCGCUCCUGCCUCACCUGCGCCUGCAGGGCUCUUCUCCUCUCCCCUCCCAGCUCCUCUCGCCCCAGCUGUGGUUCUCCACAGGUGUCUCUGCACCUUAUUAACUCUGUCAUCCCAAAGGUGCCGCUGCUCGGCUCAGCCCUGGCCAGCAGUGGCUCUGCCCUGGAGCCCGUGGGACACGGGGGAAGCUUCCAGCAGCUUCUCACAGAAGCCACCCCUGCAGCCCCCCCUGCUCGCCAAACCUGGCCACGCAAGCCCAGCAAAAUCUAGUAAAGAAGCUUUAAUAUUUCCCUAGGUUCACAGCUGUCUGAAAGCUUGGCUGCUCUCAUAAAAAGUCACUGUGUCAGUUUGACCGCAGCCACAUCAAAGUGGAAGAAAAUAUACAUUGAUUUCUUAGAAAAGUCUGUGUUCCUGCCAAGCAUUAUCAGUAAAGAUGCAGUUCGUUUGUCAUGUGAGUUUGAAUAAUCUAUGUGACAAAUAUGGAUUAUAAGCAAUAUUGGAGUAGUUCUGUUUCAUCUUUAUUAAAUAUAGUUAAAUACAAAAAUACUAAAAAUCUUAAAUAAACUGGUAUAAUUUACAAUGAUGUUCCCUUAGAAUAUCAGCAAUGAGCACCCCUUGAAUUUUCCAUCACACUUUCCUACAACAUCUAGCUGAUAAAAAACAUAUUUAUUGCAGCACCUGUUCUGAGUUGUCUCAGUUUUCUCUGUUUCCUUUGAAACUGUAAGCACUUCCCUGUAUUGAUCUUCUUGUUCCGUGUACACUGAUGUUGCAUUGAUCGAUAAAAACAAGUUUAUGCUUACAUAAUGGAGCAAGAAGUCUCCAGAGUUUUAAAUUGACAGCACAUUGUUGAAGGGGAGGAAAGAGACUGUUACCAGGGAGAUGUCAUGGGUUUUUUUUAAAUACAAGUCACCGUGACCCUGGCAAGAGAAUAACCUCCCCAAAGUGUUUAAAACAUACCUGUUAUAGGUCAGUGUUGAAAGCUCUGACACUUUGCAAAGUACUGUGUUUAGGACAACUGGCAUUUAUUAAAAAUGGGAGAAAAGACUUCAUGCAAUGCUGAGGCCAACAUACAUUAGAAACUUUGUGCCUAAGUAUAGAGAUAUGUCUAACUGAGGCCAGGAUGUUUUGUGGCAUCAUUUCAGUUUCAAAGAACUUUUAACUUGGGUGCAAAACCAAGCCUGCUGAGAACAUAAGUGGUUAUUCUUGAUUCUUUGUGGACUCACUCAGUCCUCUCCAGAUUUAACUAUGUCCUUUGUCAGAUAGAACAACAAAUUAAGUUAAUUUGUGUUUCGUGGAAAUGCGAACUUCUGUCUCCUACUUGAAACUUUUCAGAACAUAACGCUGUUCCUUCAGUGUGGACCUCUGCCUCAAAGAUGCAUUUCUGUUUGGUGUGGUUUUUAGGAGAAGCACUGCAUUUGGGGCACAGCACCUUUUGUUCCACAGCUUUCCAAUACACAGAGCCCUGUCAAGAACUAGGAGAAUGUGUUUGGUGCAGUGAAGCUGAACCCAAAAUGGUGUUCACCCCAUGGACAGACACCCCAACCACCACU